UUCCAUGCUAAACCAUCCCCAAAAACCCCAGACACUGACUCGGUGCGGAAGCUCACUCUCUUACCACCCCCCCCCCCUCUCUCUCUCUCUCGCCUAGCCACUCCCCUCCACGCCCACAACUUUGCUCGCCCGGGUUAAUUGAUGUUGGUUGGGUUGUUCUUAGUAUGAAAAAAAUGGUCAACAGUGGUACCGGAAAAGGCAGUAAGAACAAGAGAAAAGCUGACCCUGCCCCGCAGAAUGCAACUAACCCUGGUUUGCCCCUAACCGUAACCCCUCAGAGCGAAUUACCUUCAGAGGAAUGUAGAAAUUUGAGUGACAAGGUGUUAGCUCAGGCGGGGGUGGUUCAGCCAGAAGAAGUGGAAGUGGGAGCUUUUGAGUGUGCAGAUUGGGAUGACCCAAUUGCUUGCCAGCUUGAAGAACUACUACUGUCUUAUUUGCAAGCAAUUUUCCGGAGUGCUAUUAAGCAGGUUGCUGAACAUGGGUACAGUGAGGAGGUUGCUGAAAAGGCUGUUUCGAGAGGCGGCCUUUACAUUGGCGGUAAAGACCCUCUAGCAAAUAUUGUUAGUGAUACCCUGAAAUUUCUUAAGAAAGAAAAAGAUAUUGAUGCUUCAAAUGAUCAGUUUGUUAAUUUGCAGCACCUGGUGGAAUACACAAUGCUAGAAAUGAUCAGUGUGGUUAGGGAGGUAAGGCUAUCCUUAUCAGUUGCGGAAGCAAUGUGGUGGCUGUUGAUAUGUGACUUAAACAUUUUGCUAGCCUGCACGUCGGAAGGAGAUCCAUUUAGUGCUCUUGGUUCUGAAGAAUCCGCUGAUUCGUCUUCUCCCCAAUUAAGCUCAGAGGCAAAUAGCUCUGAAACCAUUCUUCCAAAUCCCAAUGAAGCAAAUUCCUCAAAGCCACUGCCUGCCUAUGCUCAAAGCAAUCCUCCUGAAACACUCAAAUUUGGAAGUUUCCGUAUACAUUCCAACAGCACACAUUCUCAUGCACCUGAAGAGGUAACCCCUGAGAAAGAUAGUUUGUCAUCUAUGCUAGAUAGUCUGGAAAAGUGCUUAGGAUUCACUGGAGAAAAUGUCCAAUCAAAAUCUCAGACAUCCACCUCUGAAGAAAAGUCAGGAGCUGGUCUAACAGGGCGCACCAAGAAAGAAUUAGCAGCACUUCGUAAGAAGUCCUUCCAUACGGAUCGAAAUUACAGCGCUUAUGGGAAAAAAGGAGGCUUCAAAUCAGGGAAAGUCACGAUUGGUGGUUUUGUUCUGGAGAAGAGGCUAAAGCCUCCAUCUGAAAUUCCCGGAGGACGAGAAACAGUUGCAUCCUCAAAGUUGAGUGCCAAAGCUGGAUCCACCAUCCCUUCUUCAGAUGGAAGACAUAGGGCUUCAACCAAGAUUUCAUCUGCUUCACUAGCAACAGGUGGCACAGUAACAUUACCUAUAUCUUACUUGCGAUCCGCAGAUCCCAAUCUUUCCCAGAAGUCUUGUUUGGAAAACAAAUCUAGACCUAAGGCCAAGAUCCCGGUUGGCACCUCUCCAUCCCCCAAGACUCAUGAUUGCUGUGCUGGCUUGCCAUGUGAUGACAAGUCUCUAGGAAAGAAUAUCCCAAAAGAUGAGAUCGAUGAGCUGUUGAAGGUAGCUCCUCGGCUAAAGGAUCUUGUUCCUCUUGAUUACCGUGCUGGCAUCCCAUAUGAUAAGUCUCUAGGAAAGUAUGUCGCACAAGAUGAGAAGGAUGAGCUGAUUUUAAAACUAGUACCUCGGCUGGAGGAGCUGCAGAAUGAACUAGAAAGCUGGACUAAUUGGGCCAACGAGAAGAUUAUGCAGGUUUCUCGUAGGCUUAGUAAGGAACAACCUGAACUUAAAAUACUGAGGCAAGAGAAGGCAGAAGCAGAGAAAUUUAAAAAAGAGAAACAAAUGUUGGAGGAGAACACUGUGAAGAGAAUCUCUGAGUUGGAGAAUGCCUUAAAUAAUGCAACUGACCAGGUUGAGAAAGCUACCUCUAAUAUCUGUAGGCUUGAGUUGGAGAAUUCCACUCUUAAAGAGGAGAGGAGUACUGCCGAAAGAAUGGCUAUAGAUUCGACUGCACGUCACCAGGAAGCAUUAGAGAGGGAGCAGAAUGCACUGAAAAAGGUCCAGGCAUGGGAGGGGCAGAGGAGCGCAUUGCAGGAAGAGCUUGAGACAGGAAAGAAGAAGGUGGCUGCACUGCAACAGGAUUUAGCCAAGGCAAAAAAUGUCCAUCAUCAAAUCGAGGCUAGAUGGAAAAGGGAGAAGAUAGAAAGGGAGAAAAUACUUGUGCAGGCCGACUUCAUAAGAAAAGAAAGAGAACAACGUCAAGCUUUGACAAAAUUGGAGGAGGACAGGAUCAAACUGAGCGCAGAAUAUGAUAUGCGGGAGUAUAUGGAAGACAUCAGAAAAGUUGAGAGCAAGUUAUCAGAACUUAAGUUGAAGUCCGACUCCUCGAGAAUUGCAGCACUAAGAAGGGGAGCUGCCGGAAGCUUUGGAGGUUCCCCGUCAGACAGAAAAAGUGGGAAGGCAACAAAGGGAAACCAAAACUUUACCAGCCUCAAGAAGGUAAAGAAUUCCCAGGACUUGAGACAGGACCGCGAAUGUGUGAUGUGCCUAUCUGAGGAGAUGUCGGUGGUGUUCCUUCCGUGUGCACAUCAGGUUGUUUGUGCAAAUUGCAAUGAGCUUCACAAGAAACAAGGAAUGAAGGAUUGCCCUUCUUGUAGGACCCCGAUUCAGCGGAGGAUCAACGUGCAGUAUGCUCAUCCUUAGCGUGUAGACCUUGUAGCGAGAACGGUGACUGGAUCAAUGGAGGAAACUUAGUUAAACACAAUGCUAUGGUGGAUUUUGUCUUUCUUUUCUUUUCUGGGUCACAGACUCACAGUUCAAAUGGUUUAGCUCUAAAAAGAAAUAGAUAGAGAGGAGUUUGUAAAGGGUAGGAUGUGUUUUUUUUCAUUUUAUAAAUAUGAAAUUUACCUUCUGCAA